UGCUCAAAUGGUGCUUUGCCUUAGGAGUUUUCUUUUUCCACUGCUUCUAUGUUACUUUUUUCAUCUGCUUGUAGUUAGUUAGAUGGCGGUUGGCUACGUGCUUUGCAGUCAAAUAGUAGGAAGCUUUCUUACAUUUGAAAUCUCAACCACAGGCAAGCUAGCAGCCUUGAUCUGAUAUUUCAUCACAGGAAAUCUACAGGCUUAUUGCAGAAAAAAUUACAGAAAACCCCCAAUAACAACAGGACUGUGCAUACGGUGUACUUCAUUUAAAUUCACAAUGGCACAAUCAAAAAAGACUGAACUGACCAAGCUCGAAAAGGCCCUUCUCACUGUUGUUGACGUAUUCUACAAAUAUUCAGAAAGAGACGGUGAUGAAAAAACACUUUCCAAAAGUGAAGCAAAAGAUCUCGUCAAUAAGGAGCUGCCACACAUCCUGGGGAGAAACAACGAUGAGAAGUCUGUGCAGGAAAUCAUGACUGAUCUGAAUAAUGAUGGAAAAAUGAACUUAAAAGAGUUUUCUCUCAUGCUGAUGUCAUUGGCAGUGGCUUGCGAUGAGAUGCAGGAGAUUUAGUACAAAUGAAUGCCAGGCUUCACAUCAAAGGAUCAGUGGUUUUUGAGUACUUCAGUCUGACCAAUCUAAAUUAAAAAAGAUAUCAGAUUUACCACA